GUCGUCGAUCAUUGUUGGAUCGUGUAUUUGGCGUCCAUGAUCUCCGCAUCCUGCAUCCGCUGACAGAACCGAGCGACAGAAAGAAACCGCCACUCCGGGCAUCCUGAAGGAACCCCUUUGCUGCCGUUAUAACAUCGGCAACGCGCUAGCACGUCGUCAACCCCGGCGUGAUAAGCACCCCCUUGAUUCCGACCGGCUUCAGGAUCAAAUUGCUCAGGACUCGCGAGGAAACAGAAUCUAAGCAAGAAUGGCACCGAAUAUAACUAGCACACCGACAGGAGUGCUCUUCGAGGGUGAAAGCUUAUCCGAACCGACCGAAGAAUUGAAGGAGAAACCCAAAUACGUUAGGAGUAUUGUAUGGAAAAAUGUGGUUAUUUUCUCGUACCUGCAUCUCGGAGCGAUUUACGGAAUUUACCUUGCAUUCACGUCGGCCAAAUUAGCGACCACUAUUUUUGCAAUCUUCUUAUACCAAUUCAGUGGCUUCGGGAUCACCGCCGGGGCUCAUCGACUUUGGGCGCACAGAUCCUACAAAGCCAAGUGGCCGCUUCAGAUAUUGCUUAUGAUCAUGAAUACCAUAGCGUUCCAGGACGCCGCGAUCGAUUGGGCCAGGGACCACAGGGUUCACCAUAAAUACAGCGAGACCGACGCCGAUCCGCAUAACGCAACGAGAGGCUUCUUUUUCUCGCAUAUCGGCUGGCUGCUCUGCAGAAAACACCCGCAAGUCAGGGAGAAGGGUAAGAGAAUCGACCUGAGCGACCUCGAGAGCGAUCCCAUAUUAGCGUUCCAAAAGAAGUAUUACAUUAUACUGAUGCCAUUGCUAUGUUUCAUUCUGCCUACCAUAAUCCCGGUAGUCUGCUGGAAUGAGACGUGGACGAACGCUUACUUCAUUCCUACCGUUCUCCGUUACAUCUUCACGUUGAACAUGACGUGGCUGGUGAACUCCGCGGCUCAUCUCUUCGGCAAUAAACCUUACGACAAGUACAUUAAUCCGUCGGAGAACAAAGGCGUCGCCUUGUUCGCUCUGGGCGAGGGCUGGCACAAUUAUCAUCACGUAUUCCCGUGGGACUAUAAAAGCUCCGAGUUUGGCAACUACAGGCUCAACAUGACCACGGCCUUUAUCGAUUUCUUCGCGAGGAUUGGUUGGGCCUACGACCUGAAGAGCGUGUCUGAGGACAUCGUGAUGAAACGGGUGGAGAGGACGGGCGAUGGCAGUCAUGAGGUAUGGGGUUGGGGCGACAAGGACCAAACGCAGGAAGAGCGGAACCAGGCGAUAGUUACCCAUCACCAUACGAAGGAUCAGUAGAGAGGGGAUUCCUUGAAGGCUCUUCUCUUCGUAUUUGUCCACGACGAGCACGGAUUUCGGCCAAUCUAUUAUUUGUACGAUUCCAUGAUUCGUUCGAACCGGCGGGCCUUGCAGGAUUCAUGCGUUUCGACACGUCGUUGCAUGAUUAUUUGGCUGAUUCCGCGUAUAAAUGAGACCGGCAGGUCCGGUGUUAGGCAGGAAAUGUCGCGAUCGAUUUUUCGCAAUCGAUGGUGUUCUGGAUCGCGGGCAACGUGCAAUACGUGCACUCGCUCGCUCGACGAAAUUUUUCCACUUGUUCUUGGAGUAGUUUGAUCGAACUAACUUUCGAAUUGUUACGUAAUCGAGUUUUUGUAUCAUUUGUACGAUUUUUUAACGUGUAAUCGUAACACGGAGGUAUGUGCAUACAAUCGGGACGUCAAUUUUCGCAUUAAUUUUGUACUUUUGUCAGUAAAAAGUAAAUUCACGAUACUGUAUUAAAAACAAAGAGAAGACUUUUAGAGGCACGACUUCCUCCAUUAAAGCGAAGUCGAAUUUCGCAGUCCUCGCAGAGAUAAAGUAACCUUUCGAAUGACUUACUUUUGUACGCGACUAAAUUCUUGCUCAAUUUAGCAUACAUUUAAUACACAACCAAAAUUUUCUACCUUAUCUUUCUUGAUCGAGAUAAAUAAUCCGAUGCGCAAACGUGACAUUAAUUUUGACGCAAUACUAACGUAGGCAUCAUUGCCUCAUCAAUCAAAACUUUAUAUAGUACUACAAUAGUACUAGAAUAGUUCAGAAUCAUCGUCCAGAACAUCAGCGAAAUGUUGCUUACAUAAGCAAACGUAAAAGAGUUGUUUUUUUUUCUUUUCUUUCCUUCCUUACGGAAUGCACCUAAUAGGUGCGCAAAAAUUCUUCGACUUUCUCUCACAAGACUAUAUUAUUUGUUACUUCAUGCAUCGUUAUGCGUCAACUACGCCAAAGUAAGCGUAGUUAUUCGAUUGUGCGACACAAUUACGCGGUGUAGUAACACAACACACGAACUAUCGUUAUACUAUCCAUCGUGUGUUUUAUAUUACUCGCGACAUUGUAAAAUGCGAGAAAAAAGUGAUCGUUGCGACGUUAGCAGUUUGUGAUAAGUGUGAUGAUGUAACGACAAGGAGUCGUGAUUACUGACUAUAAAAAUCUUCCUUCCCUGCUCUCGUCAACAAAAUUUAUGAGUAAUUAAUGUCUUAUAAACAAUUUUUUAAAAUAUUUCUCAUGUUCAUUAUUCUGUUGAAAAUACACAUUGAAUAUUUAUUUCGUUUUUCUUUCGAGCAACGUGUUUCGCAGCUCUGCAUGUUAUCACGUGUUUAUUACAUUUAAAUGGUUAUGGAACUUGUUCAUUUUAAAUCAUCUUUGAUUACAUGCGAUAAUCGCUCGGAGAAUCGCCAAUGUAUUCGUCUUCACAUUGAAGUCCAUGAUUUCUCUUGAUAUACAUAAAGUCAGUAUUACAACCUGUCACGUCCCUGAUUUACUGAAUCUCUCACAAUGUUUCUUUUGUCUUUGUAUUACAUUUCCGAUUAUUUAAAUUAAUUUAUUCCAGUCGGUUAAUUUAACAAUCCAGUUUAAUGAAGAAAAAACCUUGGAAGAUUUCGGUUUGUGCUACUGAUACUUCGCACGUUAUUUAUAAUAUUAUGCACUUUUACUACGAGUAGAAUUGCUACUAUUGUAUUUAUAAUAUUAUAGUAUUCUUAUUUAGCAUUGUCUAUGCUCUGUGUCGCCUUGGACGAUUCCGCUGAUUCCUUUCGGCUUGCCCGAAUCCGAAUACAAAUAUGACAACUAUGAUUAUUUUUAUUAUAUUAUUAUUAAUAUCAUUAUUAUAUUGUUAAAAUGCACAUGUUUCUAUCGUAUUGUGCAUUACUAUGUAAAAGUUAUAAUUAAAAUAAAAUGUUUAAUAAAGGUAUAUUUUUAAG